UUUCCAAGCGAGAAUUCAAAACAUGUCGGUGCGUGUUUUGAUGGCACUGAUUUUUGAGCAUUUUCUCCCAAAUUACUAGUGAAAAUGAAGAGAAGGUUUGGAAAAGAGCGUGUUACGAUCAAGUACAAUGAUCCUAAUCCACUCUUCAAGAAGUGGCUGACGGAGUGGCUCAAGUAUUCGGAGGAAAACAAUCUGGGCAACAGAAGAUCUCUGGCCAGAGCUCUUAGCUCUCUGGAGAAGUAUCCACUGCCACUAUCUUCAGCCCGGGAAUGUAUAAUCCUCGAGGGAUUCGGUCCGAAGAUCUGUGAGAUGCUGGAGAAGAAGCUAGACAAACGCAGCACUCUUCAGAUUUCUGAAGAGAAAGAAAUUACCAAAAAACCCAAGAAAGUCAAGCCUGCUAAAGCAUCCCCGAAGAAAAGAGACAGGAAAAAGACAACUCCUCAAGCGGCUGAGGUGGGUUCUGAGGAAAAGGACUCAUCUAACGUUGUGAUAAUGUCUCCCAACAUGUUUGAAGUCAUCUUGCUGGUGGACACUCAGGAAACCAAAGGGAAGACCAAGAAAACUGUGGAUGCAACGAUCAAUGAGCUGAACGCGUCCAAAGUGUCGUAUGAGGUGCGUCACUUGAAUAUUGGCGACUUUGCAUGGAUCGCGCGGGAUUCGGCGGGAAAUGAACUGGUUCUGCCCUACAUUGUGGAGCGCAAGAGGCUGGACGACUUUGGGAUGAGCAUAAGAGAUGGGAGAUUUCACGAGCAGAAGUUUCGCCUGAUGCAGAGCGGAAUCCCGAACGCGAUUUACAUGGUUGAGAUGUACGAAUCCCGGCACUUGGGACUCCCUUUCCGGACGAUCAUGCAAGCUGCCACGAACACGAAUGUCCAUAACAAGUUCACCGUGAAGAUCACCGAUAAUCACCACGGAAGCAUUCUGUACUUGAGUGUUCUGACGAGGAUUCUGGAGAGAAGUUUCAGGGAUAAAGUCCUCGUCGGCUGUUUGAAGAGUGAAUUGAAGGAGUUUCAGCUCACGGACGAAUUCGUCUCUCUGAUGCACUUUAAGGAAUUCAAUGCUCUGUCCUCAAAGACGAGAGACAUGAAAGUGCGAGACUUCUUCGCUCAGCAGCUAAUGCAAUUAUCGUCGCUCUCUGUGGACAAAGCGCUAGCCAUUGUGAGAGACUUUGGCACGCCGAGACUCCUUCUAAAUGCGUAUAGAGCAUGUGAGGACGAGAGGGAGGCCAGAAGUUUGCUGGCAAACAUCAAAUACGGACGACUGGGCAGACAAAUUGGUCUCAAGUUGAGUGAAAUCAUUUAUGAAUUCUAUCACAACACUAGUGCUAAUUGA